GAGAGAGGGGAGGGCUGCCACGGGGUAUCCUGGGUCGGGGCCGGAGGGUCAACGUCACCACCAGGGCCUCCUUCGAGCGGCAGCAGCGGCAGCUAGCGGAGCAGGCGAGGGCGGCAGCGGCAGCGGGCAGCGGCGGUGGGUUGCACCCCCACCACUGCCCCCCACACCCCCACCACUGCCCCCCACACCCACACCCACACCCACACCCACACCCGCACCCACACCCACACCCGCACCCACACCCGCACCCACACCCGCACCCACACCCGCACCCGCACUCACACCCGCACCCACACCCGCACCCGCACCCGCACCCACACCCGCACCCGCACUCACACCCGCACCCACACCCGCACCCGCACCCGCACCCACACCCGCACCCGCACUCACACCCGCACCCGCACUCACACCCGCACCCGCACCCACACCCGCACCCGCACCCGCACUCACACCCGCACCCGCACUCACACCCGCACCCACACCCGCACCCGCACCCGCACCCGCACCCACACCCGCACCCGCACCCGCACCCACACCCGCACCCGCACCCACACCCGCACCCGCACUCACACCCGCACCCACACCCACACCCGCACCCGCACCCGCACCCGCACCCGCUAUCGGGCGACCUGGGGUGUGGGGAGCCUCGACGGGGGGAAGGCGUGC